AUGGACACUCUCUUUGGCAAACGGAAGAACAGACCCAGACAAGCAUCCAUUAUUGCCCAGGAUGCCAGCGAGCGCGCCCUCCGCCCCAUGUCCGGUGCCUCUGUCGCCACUACCCGUUCCGACACUACUCGGAGCUCCCGCCAAGUGCCCUCGAUGUCGCCCUUCGACCCCCAUCACCACCACCUUUCCAAUCUAUACAAGCACAAUACGCAGAUGGACGAGUUCUCAUUUGCGCGCCCGGAGAACGACGAGGAGAUCGAGAUGCUCUUCGAGAACAUCAUGCGCAUGCGCGGGCUAGAAGAUAUACCGCACCUGUCCAUCGACCAGAAGUGGCACAUCGUCUACAAUGACGAGCAGAUGCGCUGGUCCGACGACCGACGGAGAGACGAGCAGUCCCGCAAGCAGAAUGAGACCGGAGCAGCAGCAGCGUUCAUAGAGGGCACGCCGGAGUGGUACAUCAAGAAAUUCAUGGACAGGACCAUCACGCCUAAGCAAGCGUCGAGUCUGCAGGUCUCCUUACGAAGCAAAGAGAUGAGCUGGUUCCGGCAUUUCGUUGCAAUGCAAGGCACAUCCGUGCUAGGCCAAGCAUUGCAGAGCAUCAGUCGCAAGGGCCUGCAGAGACGCAAGGAUGAUAUUGAUCUCGAGUACGAGAUCGCCAAGUGCCUCAAGCAGAUCCUGAACCACCAGUUCGCCGCCAACGAUGCGCUCAAUCACCCGAUGAUCCUGACUCAAAUCACGUCAGGCCUGAACACACCUCAUCUGCCCACCAGGAAACUUCUCCUAGAGCUGCUAUGUUUCCUCGAGUACUACAACGACGGACAGUGUCACAACCUGGUCGUCAGUGCACUAGAGGCCCUUAGCGCGGCGAACAACGAGGCAGGGAAUCCAUAUGCCUACUGGUUCAAGUCGCUCGAAAGCGCAUUAGCAGGCAGAGGCAAGAUGGGUACCCUGGUCGGUGCAAGUGACGAAGUUAAACGCCAUGGCGGCGUCGACCCGUCUCUAAACGACUACACGCUGUCGAACAUCAUUUUUGUGAACGCGAUCAUGCUGAACAUCGACGACCUCGAGAUCCGCGUGCACCACCGCUCGCAGAUGGACUCGGCGGGACUGCAGCGUAUCAUCGCGCACUGCCGGACCUUUGGCGUCCCAGUCAUAGACAAGCAGCUGCAGAUCCUAGAGCAGCUGAUGGCGGACGACGAGGCGAAGAUCAAGGAGCGCGUUGACCAGGAGAUUUUGCGCGACCUUGCGAACCCCGAGGACGUGUACAAUGCCCUACGCGCGAAGAUCGCGGACACAAAGGCGCGCGACUACUUUCUGUCGAUCAUGCAGCAUAUGCUCCUCAUCCGCGAGGAGGGCCCUGCGCUCGCGCAUUACUACCAGCUAAUCGAUUCGCUGGUAGCGGACGUCGUGCUCGACAAGAAGCUCGUAGGUGCGGAGCAGCGGCUCGGACACUCGGUCGAGCGGAUUAUCGCACACUUCAACGAGGCCGACCGCUACCAGGUCCUCGAGGACGAGCUCGCGAAAGCGAACACCGCGGCGCUACGGUUUCGGCUCGAGAAAGAGGCGCUGGAAGAGGAGGUCGCGCAGGGUGAAGGCGGUCUAGUCGGCUCCCUGAAGAGCAAGGUCGCGCGCCUGGAAGAGAAGUUGGCGAUCUCGCGCGAGAACACUCACAAGCUCCAGGGCCAGCUAGAGAACCAGAAGUCGGGGUACGAGGAGCAGAUUGCGCAGCUCGAAGCGCAGAUCAUGGAGCUCUUCCGUAUGCUCAAAGAGGUCAGCCGCGGCGUCGGCAAGAUCAUUGACCACGCGAACGCGGGCGGGAUGGACCGCAAGACACUCAUCGACACGCUCGAGAAGCACUUCCAACGGGAUAAGACAAUCAGUAUCCUGGAGGGGCGACGGAAGCGUAAGGGUAAGGGCGGCGAAGGCGACGUUGAAGGCGAAGAGGGCGAGGGCGAAGGGGAGGACGAUGAAGACGACGGCGACACCCCAAGGAAAAGCGGCAGUGUGCGUCGUCGCGCCGCACCCUCGAGGGGAGGGCGGAAGACGUCCAGGAUGGGGAUGGCCCGUGUGUCCGAAGUGCAGAACGGGCACACAUCGCAGUUCAUGGACGCUGACGACGCUAUCGAGCAGGAGCAGAUCCAACAACAGUUCGCUGAGGGGGCAAUGCAGAACGCCAUGCGCGAUCCGGCGUCCUCCAGCCCACGAAGCAUUCGCACACCUUCUCGACGGACCAAGAACCUUCCGCGCACACCCUUGGGUACACACUUUACCGCCGACAGCGACAGUCGUACAGUAUCGCUGGCUGAUACUACUGACGACUUCGACGGAGACAGUAUGCUCCGAAGGUCAAGCUCACUCCGUAGCCUGGCCUCCAACCCGACGACAGAGGCGACCUCGGUCAGCUCUGGGCUGUCAUUAGACACGGCUGCGGCCGGGAAGUUUGUUCCUGGCUCUCUCGAUUCACCAGCACAGCCAGGAUCGCUGGCGGACCAGCUUCGGAGACAUCUCACAAGGAGAGGACGUCCUCCAUCGGAGCCGAGUCCGCUCAACUCCCCGAUCCCAGAAAUGGCAAUACCGCCUAUGCCUCCGCUGCCCAUGUCUCCUCCAGCUGGUGCCCCUCCACCGCCUCCGCCUCCGCCGCCACCACCUCCGCCACCUCCACCUCCACCGCCGCCGCCUGGAAUGAAGCUCGGUGGUGGUCCGCCUCCACCUCCUCCACCGCCGCCACCGCCGCCUGGUCCUCCACCCCCUCCGCCUCCUCCUGGCGCCAAGGGCUUUGCGACUCCGAACCGUACAUCGCUGCUCGGCAGCAACAUAUCGAACCUGCUUGCGGCACGCAAGGAUAUCUCGAUCACGCCGAGCACAAAGAUGAAGCAGCUGCAGUGGGACAAGCUGCCGCCGCAACAGGCGGAGCGUACGGUGUUCAAGGAGGCGUCGAACGACGACGCGUGGGUCAAGAAGCUCCAGUCGGACGGCGUGUGGAUGGAGAUGGAAGAGGACUUCAAGGCAAAGCAACUUGUGAUCAACCUGAUGGCCAAACAGAAGCGCGCGGAGUUGAAGAGUGUGCUCGAUCCGCAGACCAAGAAGCGCAUCGAGAUCCUCAUUCAAACGGUGAAGAGGCUCCAGCCCGAAGAGCUCGCGUUCCGCAUCCGCGACUUCGACCAAGACGUAUGCACGCAGGUGUUCCUCAGCGAAUUGCGGCCCGUUUUGCCCAACCCGGAGCAGGUUGGAAAGCUCAACAUCUACCGCAACGCCGAUCCCGAGGAGCUCGCUGGACUGCAUCCCUCAGAUCGGCUCAUGGUACAGCUCAUCAAGAUCGAUCGCCUCGGCCCUCGUAUCGAAGGCAUGCUCUACAAGGUCGUCUUCGACGAAACAUGGACGCUACUUGACGACAGUGCACGCAAGCUGUCUGAAGCUGGGAAGUCUUUGCUGGACGCAAAACACUUCAAGGAGCUGCUCAGCCUCAUCCUGCUCAUCGGUAACUACAUGAACGGUACGGGUGUCAAGGGCGGCGCGUUUGGCUUCCGCGUCAGCAGCAUCAACAAGAUGGUCGACACGAAGUCGUUGCAUAACACGACCCUGCUGCACUUCUUGGAGCGAACUGUUGCAAAACACUUCCCCGAUAUGGAAGCGUUCCUGGACGAGUUGGCUGCCCCUGCUGAGGCUUAUCGAGUGAACUUGCUGGAUGUCCGGCGGAGCCUUGGUGAACUUCGUCAGGGCCUGAAGGCGAUUCGCAAGGAGCUCACGGAGCACUUCUCCGACAUGGACAUGAACGACAAGUACGGGAAGCAGAUGUGGCAGUUCAUCGGCCGCGCAACGUCGCAGCUCGAGGACCUCGUGGAUGACGUGAACCAUGCGGAGUCGACCUUCUCCGAAGUUGUCAAGUAUUACGGAGAAGACGAGAAGAGCAUGAACUCCGCAGAGUUCUAUGGUGUCUUCAAGACAUUCGUCACUUCGUAUAAGAAAUGCCGCGCUGAGAACAACGCACUAGCGGAAGAGCGUACAGCCGUAGAGAAGCGGCGGCAAGCAGCAGAAGACGCGAAGGCCAACAAGGCCAAGACCGCGGUGGUCACCCCGCAGGUCGAAGAGGACAACGCUGCACUAGACAACCUACUAGAGAAGCUGCGCAACGGCGACAGCGUCGGCCGCAAGGCCCGACGGACGCGCAAGAGCACCGCCCCGCGGGCGCCCUCCGUGCCGCUCACGCUCAACACGGAGGCUCUAUUGGCCGCGAAGUCAGGCGACGACACCGUCGACAUCGCACGAGACAUGCUCGCGAAGCUCAAGGCGGACGGCUUCGAUGCUAUCACGCCGUCGACGCCCACCGCGAGCAGCAUGCGACGCCCGCGGCGGAAGCGGGACACAGAGGGGGUGGCGGCCCUAGCGGCACUGGGAGAGAGCAUCGGCUCGCCGGACGGGCCCGUGCCAGAGGACUCGGAUACCACACCAGGAUCUCCGCCCCCCGCGGCGUUGGACUCGAUAGAGGAGCACCCCAGUAGUAGUUAG